AUGGUUCUCUUCUUCACUGGUGUGCUCCAUGCUGCCACCUGCAGACAGGAGAGGGGAGGCGCGCAUAGCCGCGCCUCCACCAGUGCGCAUGCGCGCCCGCUGUCAACGAAGAAGAACAUGGCGGCUGUUUCGAAUGAGGCUGAGCAGGCUCAACGAAUUUUUGCACGCCUGCAGGCUGUUCCCUGUCCCUUGCUGGAAGGUGUGUACAUACAGGAGUCUGACGACAUGCUACAGCUACUCUGCACUCCAUCCCAGCUUCGCACCGACAUACUGACCUGGAUCUGCUGCAGUAUUGACCCAAACUUUGCCAGUUUGAAAGAGAAGGCAUCAAGAAUCAGAGACCCUGAUCUAUUGACAAACGGGAUGGCUGCACUUGGCCAGGACAUGAUGCUGUGUAAAGGAGACAGUCUGGACUUGAUCAAGGGUGAUGCAAGUUGCCACCAGCAACUUCAGUUCCUGGAGCAACUUCUUGAUGUGGUCUCGGACUGCAGUGUGUCCACUGUGCAUGAUGUGGAGAUGCUGCUCCAGACACUAUUUGCUACCGAGAAUCUUCCUCAUCUUACACAAAUGUUUUCGCCUUCGCUGGACCCCUGUCUUUCAAACGUCAUAGCUUUAUACAAGGGUCCCAAAUCGACCAAGCCAAGAGGAGACAAUGCUGAGAGCAUUGCCACUCUUAUUCAGUCUACACGCUCCAUGCUAGAGCAGCUACAGUCUGAGUGUGAGUUCCUGACAACAAAUGAGGUGCCAAGCGCCCGUGUCUUCACUCCCUGCGCGCUGCGUGUGGCAAUGUGUGACCUCCAGCAGCUGAUGACCACUUUCUGCCACGUGUAUGAGACAGACCUGAGAGCUUGCUGUACGAGAGAGACACCCAACUUUAGCGCAGAGACACAGGUCUUCCAGAGAAUAUAUGAACUCCUGCAAGCUUGCAACACGGAGUUGGAAAUGCUGAACGAAGUAUCUGACGCAUCGGUGACUGUGAAGCAGGAAGUGAGCCAGCUGCGAGCAAAGCUUUGCCAAGGAAAGAAGGGCACUUUAUCUGAUCAACUGUAUGAACUAACUACACGCUACAAAGACUUUGUCUCCCGCCUUCAUUCCUCGGUGGAGCCAACAAUGAACAAAUGAAUGGAUCAGUCAUCUCAUUCCCCCCCCCCCCAAAGGCAUGGCUUCCUUUUAUUUUACAUGUAUUUGUGUAAUUCUGUUGUUGUUCUGUACUUAAUCUGAGAAAAUAAAGGCUAUUUAACACUGGACGGUGACCAAAUGAGACAUCUGCACUAGUUAGGAUUACAGCACCUUGUCUCUGUGAAGCCAAAACAAUG